AGAAGAGUUUCCUUCAACAACUCCAAGUCUCAUCUUUGCAGAACAGAAGCUAAAAGAAGCCUUUUUCUUUUGGUUAAACAAUGGUUGCAACUUUAUUUCACAAAGCUUCAUCAAUAUUACUUUCGACUUCAAGUCAUGUUCCCGUUUCCAUGUCUAACCAAAAGAAGCGGCCUAUACAUGUGAAAUCCAUAGAAGCCAAUGCAUUUGAUAUUGAGGGAAAGAAGAAGCUGAGGAUUUUGGUUGCUGGGGGUGGGAUUGGGGGGCUAGUUUUUGCGCUGGCAGCAAAGAGGAAGGGGUUUGAUGUGGUAGUGUUGGAGAAGGGAAUGAGUGCAAUAAGAGGUGAGGGGCAGUUCAGGGGUCCAAUUCAGUUACAGAGCAAUGCAUUGGCUGCUUUGGAGGUCAUUGAUUUGGAGGUUGCUGAGAAAGUCAUGCAAGCAGGGUGCGUCGUUGGUAAUAGAAUUAACGGCUUGCUGGAUGGUAUCUCUGGUUCUUGGUAUGUCAAGAUGGAUAUGUUCACCCCUGCAGUACAAAUGGGGCUUCCACUUACAAGAAUUAUUAGCAGAAUGACUUUGCUACAAAUCUUGGCUUCUGCAGUAGGGGAAGAUGUAAUUUUUAACAAAAGCUAUGUUGUUGGAUUUGAGGAUCAUGGACAUAAGGUUACUGUGAUGCUUGAAAAUGGAAAACAAUAUGAAGGUGAUCUCUUAGUUGGAGCUGAUGGAAUACAGUCCAAGGUGAGGCAGAGCUUAUUUGGGCCACAAGAAGCUGUAUACUUGGGGUACACUUGUUAUUCUGGUAUUGCAGAUUUUGUGCCAGCUGAUAUUGAGUCUGUUGGGUUCCGUGUACUUUUGGGACACAAGCAAUACUUUGUUUCCUCAGAUGUUGUUGCUGGAAAGAUGCAGUGGUAUGCUUUUCACAAGGAACCACCUGGUGGUGUGGAUAGCCCCCAUGGUAAAAAGGAAAGGUUGCUGAAAAUAUUUGAAGGUUGGUGUGAUUAUGUGAUAGAUUUGAUAAUUGCCAGUGAUGAAGAUGCAAUUCUUCGACGUGAUAUAUAUGACUUGACGCCCACAUGCACUUGGGGAAGAGGGCAUGUAACGUUGCUUGGGGAUUCUGUACAUGCCAUGCAGCCAAAUAUGAGUCAAGGGGGAUGCAUGGCCAUUGAGGAUAGUUAUCAACUUGCAGAGGAGCUGGACAAAGCAUGGAGGCAAAGUGUUGAGUCUGGAACUCCUAUUGAUGUUGUUUCUUCUUUAAGGAGGAGACUGCGAGUUGCCAUUAUCCAUGCAAUGGCCAGAAUGGCUGCCAUUGCAGCUUCAUAUUACAUGUCUUAUUUGGAUGUAGGGCUUGGUCCAUUGUUGUUUUUGAAAAAAUUUUGGAUACCACAUCCAGCAACAGUUGGUUGCAGAUUUCUUGUUGACUUAGCAAUGAGAUUAAUCAUCAGUUGGGUCUUUGGUGGCGGCAGUUUGAAAUUUGAAGGCAGGUCACCAUGUUGCAGACUCUCGGAAAAGGCAAAUGAUCAGUUUCUGAGAUGGUUGGAGGACGACGAUGCACUAGAGCGAUCUAUUAAUGGAGAUUGGUUUUUGUUACCGUUUGGAAAUGAAGCAGCUGUUUCAGAACCUAUUCAUUUAAGUAGGGAUGAGAACAGAGACUGCAUAAUUGGGUAUCUGUUUGCAUUUAAGAUGAAGGUGUCUUAUGUUUUAUGUAUGCAUGUACCUCUCUGUCUAUAAUGUGUCUGGAUGCUCUAGUAAAUAUAUAGUGGUUGAGGAAGGGAGUUUGAGGGAGGACAAAUUUUGAGCAAAAGCAUAAAAUAAAAUUUGACUAAUGUUCUCCUACACUGAUCUGUAUUUUGAUGAUCAAUGAUGACUGCAGAAGUGAAAAGCAAGAGAAUUCUCCAGGAACAUAUUUGAUAACCUUACGUUCCCCUCAGGUAUCCAAUGCACAUGCUCGUAUCAGCUACAAAGUUGGUGCAUUCUUUCUUACUGAUUUACAAAGCAAAUAUGGGACCUAUAUCAUUAACAAUGACGGGAGGAGGUAUAGGAUACGUCCAAACUCUUCUGCUCGAUUCCGUCCAUCAAAUAUUAUUGAGUUUGGCUCUGAUAAGAAGGUAAAUAUACAGCUAACCUUAAUACACUAGGAGUAGAUCUCUUAGUUGUGCGUAGGAGUUCAUUCAAUACUAUUAUUUAACACUUUGGCCAUGAUUAGUUGAAUGGAAUGCCUAUUAUAUAGUUGUUACACGAAAAUAAAGCCACUUUUCGAGUUAAGGUGAUGAGAUCUCCACCGAAGCCUGCAGAAAAGGAAGAGAAUCAAGCAUGUCGAAUUUACUAAUUUAAAUUAAUUAGAAACUGCAAAUAUCUGUUCUAGAUUAGUGUCAAAAGUCAAAUCAUAAGGCAAGAAUCGUCAAUGUAAUCAAACUUGCCGAAGAUGUCUUGGGUUGAAAAAGGGGAUCUAGAAAAAACAAAAUCUGAUAUAAAGAAAUAAUUGUUGCACCUAAUAGGUUAAGCUAAAUAGAUCAGGAUUCUAGAAAAUUGUUAGACUCUGUUAAGAAGUGAAGUCAAAUUUGAAUAGAAAGACAAACGCAAA